GGAUAAACGAUGAAAUGGGUAUCAUUGCUUAAGGACAUAAAGGAAAAGGUCGGUUUAGCUCAAUCUCCGUCAACUGCUGCUACUACAACAGCCACUGCUUCUUCUCCUCCUUUGUCCAAUCGCGAAAACAAUGCCUGCGCUGUUCUUCAAGACUACGCUUCGUCUCCUGCAAGCAGAGACAAACAUGAAUUGGAAUUGGACUUCAAGAGAUUUUGGGAAGAAUUCCGUUCAUCCAGCUCGGAAAAGGAGAAAGAAGCCGCCUUGAAUUUGACUGUGGAUGCUUUUUGUAGAUUAGUAAAGCAGCAUUCUAAUGUAGCUCAAUUAGUUACCAUGUUAGUUGAAACACAUAUAUUCUCUUUUGUUGUGGGAAGAGCAUUUGUAACUGAUAUUGAGAAGUUAAAAAUCAGCAGCAAAACAAGAUCACUGGAUGUAACAAAAGUUUUAAGAUUUUUUUCGGAGGUCACAAAGGAGGGCAUCACUCCUGGUUCAAAUUUGUUAACUGCAGUAGAAGUUCUUGUAUCUGGGCCUAUUGAUAAACAAUCUCUUCUUGAUUCUGGGAUAUUUUGCUGUCUCAUACAUAUUCUCAAUGCCCUUUUGACUCCUGAUGAAGAUGAUCAAAAGCAAAAGACUACUGAUUUUGAAGAGUCAUUGCUAGCUGAAAAGAAUUGCAAUGAUGAUGGGCAAGCUCGCCGGCUUGAGGUAGAGGGCAGUGUUGUCCAUAUUAUGAAAGCAUUGGCAAGCCACCCUUCAGCGGCACAGAGUUUGAUCGAGGAUGAUUCACUUCAGUUGCUGUUUCAGAUGGUUACCAAUGGUUCUUUAACUGUAUUCUCUCGUUAUAAGGAAGGUCAUGUUCCACUGCACAGCUUACAGCUUCAUAGACAUGCAAUGCAGAUACUGGGUCUUCUUUUGGUCAAUGACAAUGGAAGCACUGCCAAAUAUAUACGCAAACAUCAUUUGAUAAAAGUUCUGUUAAUGGCUGUUAAAGAUUUUAAUCCAGAUUGUGGCGACUCUGCCUACACUAUGGGCAUUGUGGACUUGUUACUUGAAUGUGUGGAAUUGUCAUACAGACCUGAGGCUGGUGGUGUGAGGCUCAGAGAGGAUAUACAUAAUGCCCAUGGUUAUCAGUUCCUUGUUCAAUUUGCACUAAUUCUGGCUUCCUUGCCACAAAAGCAGGCGAUUGAGUCUACUUAUUCUAAGUCUCCUUCCAGUAAAAAAUUUGUAUCAGAAGGUUCUCAAGCAUUGCAUGAUGAGAGACAGGACUUUAUAGGAGAGGAAGAGGAUCCUUCACUGCAACAUCUUUCACCCACACUGUCUAGGCUGCUUGAUGUCCUCGUGAAUUUAGCUCAAACUGGUCCUACGGAACCUACAGGAUCUUCUGGAGGCAAAGGAUCUAAGUCUUCUCAAUCCAAGGGUAGUGGUCAUAGCAGAAGUCGUACAGCUUCUGCUGACCGGUUUGGUGAAGAAAUGUGGGAACAGGGAAAUGGUAAAGUGAAAGACCUCGAGGCAAUCCAAAUGUUGCAGGACAUUCUUCUCAAGGCAGGCAAAAGAGAAGUGCAGGCAGAAGUGUUAAAUAGAAUGUUUAAAAUAUUCUCUAGUCACAUUGAAAACUAUAAGUUGUGCCAGCAAGUACGGACAGUUCCUCUUUUUAUCCUAAACAUGGCUAAUUUUCCUCCAUCAUUGCAAGAGAUAAUCUUGAAAAUUCUUGAAUAUGCUGUGACUGUUGUGAAUUGUGUUCCUGAGCAAGAAUUGCUCUCACUUUGUUGCUUGCUUCAACAACCAAUAACAUCUGAGCUAAAGCAGACUAUACUUUCCUUCUUUGUAAAGCUCCUAUCCUUUGAUCAACAGUACAAGAAAGUCCUCCGGGAGGUUGGUGUGCUGGAAGUUCUGAUAGAUGAACUGAAGCAGCACAAGUUUCUUCUGGGUCCAGACCAACAUAAUGGUAACCCUGGUCAGUUGGAGAGAAAAUCCAGCUCAAGUAGCUUCAAGAAACACAUGGAUAGUAAGGAUACUAUUAUUUCUUCGCCCAAGCUUUUAGAUUCUGUUUCAGAGAAGUUUCCUAUUUUUGAAGUUGAGGGUACAAUUGCUGUUGCAUGGGAUUGUAUGGUCUCUUUGGUGAAGAAAGCUGAAGCUAAUCAAACAACAUUUAGAUCAGCCAACGGUGUGACCACUCUUCUUCCUUUUUUGGUGUCUAAUAUCCAUCGUACUGGUGUUCUUCGUAUAUUGUCAUGUUUGAUCACUGAAGAUGUCAACCAGGCCCAUCCAGAAGAAUUAGGUGCACUUGUUGAAGUUCUAAAAGGUGGAAUGGUUACUAGUGCUUUAGGACAUCAGUACAGGCUUCAAAGUGAUGCCAAAUGUGAUACAAUGGGAGCAUUGUGGCGUAUAUUGGGAGUUAACAAUUCCGCCCAAAGGGUUUUUGGCGAAUUCACUGGGUUUUCUCUUCUGCUAACCAUGCUUCAAAGUUUUCAAGGUGAAGAAGGACAUCCAGAUGAAUCUUUUUUAAUGGUUUAUAUCAAGGAGUUUACAUAUUUAUUGCGCUUGAUGACGGUUGGAGUGCUUGAUAAUACUGUUAAUAGAAUGAAGUUACAUUCUAUCAUAUCAUCCCAAACUUUUUAUGAUCUUUUAUCCGAAUCUGGUCUGUUAUCUGUUGAGUGUGAAAAGCAAGUUAUACAGUUGUUGUUGGAACUUGCUCUUGAAAUUGUGCUUCCACCUUUCUUGACAUCUGAGAAUGGUACAUCAUCUGAUGUGGUUGAAUCUGAGUCGUCUUGUUUUCUGUUAACUACCCCUUCUGGUUUAUGUAAUCCCGAGAAGGAACGAGUGUACAAUGCUGGUGCUCUCAAAGUUUUAAUCCGUUCAUUGUUGCUUUUUACUCCGAAGGUGCAGUUAGAAGUGCUUAACCUCAUCGAUAGGCUAGCUCGUGCUGGUCCUUUCAAUCAGGAAAGCCUUACCUCUGUAGGAUGUGUGGAACUUCUACUAGAGACAGUUCACCCGUUUCUUUUGGGUUCAUCUCCAAUACUUUCUUAUGCUUUGAAGAUUGUGGAAGUUCUUGGGGCAUAUCGGUUGUCUGCAUCAGAACUCCGGAUGCUAGUAAGAUAUGUUCUACAAAUGAGACUGAUGAACUCAGGCCAUAUUAUUGUGGAUAUGAUGGAGAGAUUAAUUCUUAUGGAAGAUAUGGCCUCAGAAGAUGUUUCUCUAGCACCAUUUGUAGAGAUGGAUAUGAGCAAGAUUGGACACGCUUCUAUUCAGGUGUCUCUGGGAGAAAGAUCUUGGCCUCCUGCUGCUGGAUAUUCCUUUGUAUGUUGGUUUCAGUUUCGAAAUUUGUUGAAAUCACAAUCAAAGGAAAUGGAACUGUCCAAAGUUGGGAGUUCUAAGCGGCGAAGUGGCUCUAGUGGGCAGCAGUCCGAACGGCAGAUGAUCCGUUUAUUUUCUGUAGGUGCUGCUAAUAAUGGAAACACUUUCUAUGCAGAACUUUUUCUGCAGGAGGAUGGUGUACUAACCCUUUCAACUAGCAACUCUUCCUCUUUGUCAUUUUCUGGAUUAGAAUUGGAAGAAGGCAGGUGGCAUCACCUUGCUGUUGUUCAUAGUAAGCCAAAUGCUCUAGCUGGACUUUUUCAAGCUAGUGUUGCUUAUGUGUAUCUCAAUGGAAAGCUUAGGCACACAGGAAAAUUAGGUUAUUCUCCGUCACCAAUUGGAAAACCUUUGCAGGUAACAAUUGGGACUCCGGUUACUUGUGCAAGAGUUAGUGACCUUACGUGGAAACUUCGCUCUUGCUAUCUUUUCGAGGAGGUUCUCACAUCAGGAUGCAUUUGUUUCAUGUACAUUCUUGGUAGAGGAUACAGAGGGCUCUUCCAAGAUUCAGAUCUUCUGCGUUUUGUGCCUAACCAAGCUUGUGGUGGUGGUAGUAUGGCCAUCCUAGAUUCCUUAGAUGCUGAAUUGAGUUUGGCUUCUAACACACAGAAGAUUGACACUGCCAGCAAGCAGGGGGAUUCCAAGGCAGAUGGUAGUGGGAUUGUUUGGGAUUUGGAGAGACUAGGAAACCUUUCAUUACAGCUAUCUGGGAAGAAACUUAUAUUUGCAUUUGAUGGAACAUGUACAGAAGCUAUUCGAGCAUCUGGUUCUUUUUCCAUGCUUAAUCUGGUUGAUCCUAUGUCUGCUGCCGCUUCUCCUAUAGGGGGUAUACCACGCUUUGGACGUCUUCAUGGGGAUAUCUACAUCUGUAGGCAGAGCUUGAUUGGUGAUACCAUUCGUCCUGUUGGCGGGGUAACUGUUAUCCUCACUCUUGUUGAAGCAGCUGAAACCAGGGAUAUGCUUCACAUGGCCCUGUCGUUGCUUGCUUGUGCACUUCAGCAAAAUCCUCAGAAUGUGAGAGACAUGCAAACAUGCAGGGGCUACCAUUUACUCUCUCUCUUUCUACGUCGUAGAAUGUCAUUAUUUGAUAUGCAAUCUCUUGAGAUCUUUUUCCAGAUUGCUGCAUGUGAAGCCUCAUUUUUGGAACCAAAGAAGCUUGUAGUUAAUCGUACAUUGUCACCUCCGGCAAGUACUCCAGAAGCUAGCUUUGAGGAACUUAGUUUGUCAAAAUUUCGGGACGAAAUUUCGGCACUUGGAUCUUUUGGAGAUAUGGAUAACUUUUCUGCACAAAAAGAUUCAUUUAGUCAUAUUUCUGAGCUUGAAAAUAUUGAUAUGCCAGUUGAAACUUCAAAUUGCAUUGUCUUGUCUAAUGCAGAUAUGGUUGAGCAUGUCUUGUUGGACUGGACAUUGUGGGUUACAGCCCCAGUUUCCAUUCAAAUUGCAUUGCUUGGUUUUCUUGAGCAUCUUGUGUCCAUGCACUGGUACAGAAAUCAUAACCUCACAGUUCUUCGCCGGAUUAACCUUGUUCAACACCUACUUGUGACUCUACAGCGGGGUGAUGUUGAAGUUCCUGUUUUGGAAAAAUUGGUCGUACUGCUUGGUGUCAUUUUGGAAGAUGGUUUUUUGGUCUCUGAACUUGAACAUGUGGUUAGAUUUGUUAUUAUGACAUUUGAUCCACCUGAACUGAAGUCACAGCGUCAGAUAAUGCGAGAGUCAAUGGGGAAACACGUAAUUGUAAGGAAUAUGCUGUUGGAGAUGCUUAUUGAUCUUCAAGUAACCAUAAAAUCAGAAGAAUUGCUUGAGCAGUGGCAUAAGAUUGUUUCAUCCAAAUUAAUAACAUAUUUUCUUGAUGAAGCUGUUCAUCCUACGAGUAUGAGAUGGAUCAUGACUCUGCUUGGCGUGUGCCUUGCUUCUUCCCCCACAUUUGCUCUAAAAUUCCGCACUAGUGGAGGUUAUCAAGGUUUGGUGCGGGUACUUCAAAGUUUCUAUGAUUCCCCGGAUAUAUAUUACAUUUUAUUCUGUCUAAUAUUUGGUAAACCUGUUUACCCAAGACUACCGGAAGUGCGUAUGCUAGACUUUCAUGCCCUGAUGCCAAGUGAUGGAAGUUAUGUGGAGUUGAAAUUUGUAGAACUGCUAGAGUCUGUGAUUGCUAUGGCAAAAUCCACUUUUGAUAGGUUGAGUAUUCAGUCAAUGCUUGCCCACCAAACUGGAAAUCUUUCCCAGGUGGGUGCUGGUCUUGUGGCCGAACUUGUGGAGGGAGAUACGGAUAUGGCUGGAGAACUUCAGGGUGAAGCCCUGAUGCAUAAGACAUAUGCAGCACGUUUAAUGGGUGGGGAAGCAUCAGCUCCUGCUGCUGCGACCUCAGUCUUGCGGUUCAUGGUUGACCUGGCAAAGAUGUGCCCCCCAUUCUCUGCUGUCUGCAGGCGUGCUGAAUUUCUUGAAAGCUGUGUUGACCUGUAUUUUUCUUGUAUUAGGGCUGCAUAUGCAGUGAAAAUGGCAAAAGCUCUUUCAGAAAGGACAGAAGAAAAGAAUGUUAAUGACUCCGAUGAUACCAGUAGUUCUCAAAAUACAUUUUCUAGCUUGCCUCAAGAGCAGGAGCAGUCUCUGAAAACCUCCGUUAGUCUUGGAAGCUUCCCCCAAGGGCAGGCAAGUACAAGUUCUGAAGAUAUGCUUGCAAACUCCAAUUAUAUAGCUGAUGAUAAAGUAGAGGUCAAGGUUAACAUGGCCCAGCAGGAAUCAAACAAUAACGUUGACCAGGACUCUGUCGCCUCAAGCUCCAAUGAUUCCAGCAUCCGUAACAUUAAAGGUGCUAUGGAUCCUGUUCAACCAACAGAUUCCCAGAGCUCUGCAUCUCUCACUUUGCUAGAUUCUCCCAUUUUAUCCGAGAAAUCUAAUUCCAGAGUUCCAUUUACACCCUCUUCUGCUCCAGUUAUUGCACUGACUUCUUGGUUAAGUUCAAACCACAAUGAAUCUAAAACGCCCUUAGUUGCCACUCCUUCCAUGGAGUCUUCUGUGUCUGUUGCCGAGUUUGAUCCAUCUUCAGACUUGAAGUCUAGUUCUCAAGGAGCCUCUGCUGCCAAUACAUUUUUUGCAGUUAGUCCAAGCCUUCUCCUUGAAAUAGAUGAUUCAGGCUAUGGUGGUGGUCCUUGUUCUGCUGGAGCAACUGCUGUGUUAGAUUUUAUGGCAGAAGUUCUUUCUGAUUUUAUGACUGAGCAAAUGAAAGCAGCACAGGUUGCAGAGAGCAUUUUGGAGGCGGUUCCUUUGUACAUUGAUGCUGAAUCGGUGUUAGUUUUUCAGGGUUUGUGCCUUAGUAGACUGAUUAACUUUCUUGAAAGGCGUCUGUUGCGUGAUGAUGAAGAAGAUGAGAAAAAGCUAGAUAAGAGCCGUUGGUCUUCAAACUUAGAUGCUUUGUGCUGGAUGAUAGUGGAUCGUGUAUAUAUGGGUGCUUUUCCUCAGCCAGCUGGUGUACUAAAGACAUUAGAGUUCUUGCUAUCGAUGUUACAGUUGGCAAAUAAAGAUGGCCGAAUUGAAGAAGCAUCUCCUGGCGGAAAAGGUCUUUUGUCUAUUGGAAGAGGAAGCAAGCAACUUGAUGCUUAUAUACAUUCAAUUUUAAAGAACACAAAUCGAAUGAUAUUGUAUUGCUUCCUUCCAUCAUUCUUGGCCACCAUUGGAGAAGAUGAUCUCCUCGCUAGCUUAGGUGUACUUAUUGAACCUAAGCGGAAAUCAUCGUCAAGCUUUUCACAAGAAGAUUCAGCAGUUGAUAUCUACACAAUUUUACAGUUAUUAGUUGCUCACAGAAGAAUUAUAUUCUGUCCCAACAAUCUUGAUACUGAUCUAAAUUGCUGUCUUUGUGUGAAUUUAAUAUCCCUUCUCCAUGAUCAAAGGCAAAAUGUACAGAACAUGGCAGUUGAUUUAGUGAAGUAUUUGCUGGUCCAUCGCAGGGCUGCAGUCGAAGACUUGCUUGUCUCAAAACCGAAUCAAGGACAGCAACAGGAUGUAUUACAUGGUGGUUUUGACAAAUUAUUGACUGGAAGUUUAUCUGCUUUCCUUGAUUGGCUUCAGAACUCUGAACAGACAGUCAAUAAAGUGUUGGAACAGUGUGCUGCCAUUAUGUGGGUACAGUAUAUAUCUGGAUCAGCAAAAUUUCCUGGAGUGAGGAUAAAAGGCAUGGAAGGCCGCCGCAAGAAGGAAAUGGGGAGAAGAUCUAAGGAUACUGCAAAACUAGAUUUGAAGCACUGGGAGCAGGUAAAUGAACGGAGAUAUGCGCUGGAGUUGGUCCGUGAUGCAAUGUCUACUGAGCUCAGAGUUGUUCGUCAAGAUAAGUAUGGAUGGGUUCUCCAUGCUGAAAGUGAGUGGCAAACACAUCUCCAACAACUUGUACACGAGCGGGGAAUAUUUCCAAUGAAUAAACCUUCUGCGACUGAAGACCCUGAGUGGCAGCUUUGUCCUAUUGAAGGUCCAUACAGGAUGCGCAAAAAGCUUGAGCGCUGCAAAUUGAGAAUUGAUAGCAUCCAAAAUGUCCUUGAUGGACAUUUGAAUUUGGUUGAAGCAGAGCUGUCCAAGGCAAAAAAUCAAGGUGGUCCUGAUGCAUCUGAUACUGAUUCUGAAUCAUUCUUCCAUCAUUUGACUGACAGUGGAAAGCAUGAAGGUGUUGUCUCUGAGCUAUAUGGUGACUCAAUUUUUAAAGAACUGGAAGAUGUGAAAGAUGUAGCUUCUGUUAGGAAUGGUUGGAAUGAUGACAGAGCUAGUAGUAUAAAUGAAGCAAGUCUUCACUCAGCACUUGAGUUUGGUGGCAAGUCAAGUUCAGUUUCUGUUCCAAUAUCAGAGAGUGUACAAGAAAAAUCUGACAUAGGGUCUCCAAGGCAGUCGUCAUCUGUCAAACUGGAUGAAGUAAGGAGUACAGAGGAUAAAUCAGAUAAGGAACUGCUUGAUAAUGGUGAAUAUUUGAUUAGACCUUAUCUGGAACCUCUUGAGAAAAUAAGAUUCAGAUAUAACUGUGAAAGGGUUGUAGGUCUUGAUAAACAUGAUGGUAUAUUUCUGAUAGGGGAACUUUCUUUGUAUGUAAUUGAGAAUUUUUUUAUUGAUGACUCGGGGUGCAUUUGUGAAAAGGAAUUCGAAGAUGAACUUUCUGUUAUUGAUCAGGCUUUAGGUGUAAAAAAGGAUGUUUCUUGCAGUACGGACUUCCAGUCCAAGUCAACUUCAUCUUGGAGCGCAUCAGCAAAGACAUGUGUUGGGGGAAGGGCAUGGGCCUAUAGUGGCGGUGCAUGGGGAAAGGAGAAGGUGUACACCAGUGGUACUUUACCUCAUCCCUGGCGUAUGUGGAAGCUCAAUAGUGUUCAUGAGAUUUUAAAGCGUGAUUACCAGCUACGACCUGUUGCCGUGGAAAUAUUUAGCAUGGAUGGAUGUAAUGAUCUCCUGGUGUUUCACAAAAAAGAGAGAGAAGAAGUGUUUAAGAAUCUUGUCGCCAUGAAUCUUCCAAGGAACAGCAUGCUGGACACAACCAUUUCAGGUUCAGCCAAACAGGAAAGCAAUGAGGGCAGCCGUCUUUUUAAAAUAAUGGCUAAAUCUUUCUCAAAAAGGUGGCAAAAUGGAGAGAUUAGCAAUUUCCAGUACCUCAUGCAUCUCAAUACCUUAGCAGGACGUGGAUACAGUGACCUGACCCAGUAUCCAGUCUUUCCUUGGGUUCUUCAAGACUAUGAGAGUGAUGAUCUUGACUUGUCAGAUCCAAAAACAUUUCGUAAGCUUGACAAACCAAUGGGUUGUCAAACACGGGAGGGAGAAGAGGAGUUUAAGAAAAGAUAUGAGAGCUGGGAUGAUCCUGAGGUCCCCAAAUUUCAUUAUGGUUCUCAUUAUUCCAGUGCUGGAAUUGUCCUCUUUUAUCUUCUUCGCCUACCACCAUUCAGUGCAGAGAAUCAGAAGCUUCAGGGUGGUCAGUUUGAUCAUGCUGAUCGUCUUUUUAAUAGCGUUAGAGAUACUUGGUCAAGCGCAUCUGGAAAAGGCAACACAUCUGAUGUGAAGGAAUUGAUUCCAGAAUUCUUCUACAUGCCUGAGUUUUUGGAAAACCGGUUCAAUCUCGACUUGGGAGAGAAGCAAUCAGGGGAGAAGGUUGGUGAUGUCAUCUUACCUCCUUGGGCCAAAGGAAGUGCGAGAGAGUUCAUAAGGAAGCAUAGAGAAGCACUGGAAUCUGAUUAUGUUUCAGAAAAUCUUCAUCAUUGGAUAGAUCUCAUCUUUGGUUAUAAACAGAGAGGGAAGGAAGCUGAAGAAGCUGUGAAUGUUUUCUAUCAUUACACAUACGAGGGAAGUGUGGAUAUAGAUUCGGUUACAGAUCCUGCGAUGAAAGCAUCCAUUUUAGCACAAAUUAACCAUUUUGGGCAAACUCCCAAGCAACUAUUCCUCAAGCCUCAUGUGAAAAGGCGGAUUGACAGAAAGCUUCCUCUUCAUCCUCUCAAACAUUCGUUCCACCUUGUUCCACAUGAAAUACGCAAGAGUUCAUCUUCCAUCACUCAGAUUGUUACUGUCCAUGAGAAAGUUCUUGUGGCAGGGUCAAACACUUUGCUGAAACCUAGAACGUAUACCAAGUAUGUAGCAUGGGGUUUUCCAGAUCGUAGCUUGAGAAUUUUGAGCUAUGAUCAAGACAGACUCCUCUCUACCCACGAGAAUCUUCAUGGGGGCUACCAGGUUCAGUGCGUUGGUGUCAGCCAUGAUGGUCAAAUUUUGGUCACUGGUGCUGAUGAUGGGUUAGUUUCUGUUUGGAGAAUCAGCAAGGUUGGGCAGCGUUUGUUGCAACGCUUGCAUUUGGAGAAGGUGCUUUGUGCCCAUACAGCCACGGUUACAUGCCUUCAUGUUAGCCAGCCCUACAUGCUUAUUGUCAGUGGGUCUGAUGACUGCACUGUUAUUAUAUGGGACCUUAGUGCUUUGUGUUUUGUGAGGCAGCUCCCUGAGUUCCCUGCUCCGGUUUCAGCAGUUUAUGUAAAUGACUUGACUGGGGAAAUAGUGACAGCUGCUGGAAUUUUGCUUGCUAUUUGGAGUAUCAAUGGGGACUGCCUUGCCGUGAUUAACACAUCUCAACUGCCAUCUGAUUCCAUUCUCUCGGUGACAAGUUGUACAUUUUCUGAUUGGCUGGACACAAAUUGGUAUGUGACAGGUCACCAGAGUGGAGCUGUUAAGGUAUGGAAAAUGAUCCACUGCUCCGAGGAAGAGAGUGUCCGCGCUCAAAGCAAGUCAAGUAGCAGUGGGACUGGGUGUUUAAAUUUGGGUGGUAAUUCACCGGAGUACAGGUUGGUCCUCCACAAAGUACUGAAGUUUCAUAAGCAUCCAGUUACUGCCCUUCACAUCCCGAGUGACCUUAAACAGUUACUGAGUGGUGAUUCUGCUGGGCAUUUGGUGUCUUGGACGCUGCCAGAUGAGAGCUUAAGAAUUUCAUUUAAUCAGGGGUGACGAACAGAGAAACAACAUUUUGUGAUGAUUUCAGCUCAUCAGGCAGCUAUUUGACUAUUUAUCAAAACCACUUCAUCGGUUUUGAGUCCAAGCUCAUCGGGGGGAAAAAUCAAUUGUGUAUUCAUAAUACAUGGAAAGGGGAAACCAAGGCAACAGAGCUGGCCCGGGAUUAAUACAGAAGAAAAAAAUCGAGGAGAAAUGAAACCUGUUGCAGAUAUGAAUUAUUCUUGAAAAGUCUGAUUAGUAUGAGACCGACCAUGGUGUUUACACGGGCGUCUCAAUGUUCCGGUUGAGAAGGUGAAAAGGUAGGUCUUAUUUUUGUUGUAUUGUGGGUGAUAGAAAUGGAGGAUGUUUUCCGAUUUUGAACGAAAACGUUGCUCUACUACGUUAGUGGUGGUUUUUGAUGUAAAUAGAUGGAAUUACUAACCGUGUGUGAUGAAGUUGUAUAGCGGAAAAAUGUGCCAUGAGUGAGCGUUAGGAGUAUGAUCAAAAGUUUGGCUGUAAUUCUUUUUACGCAGUAAAGUUUAUAAAUAGUUUAUUCAUUGUUCA